AUGGCAAAACGCGCAAGGUCACGAUCUCCCAGCCGCUCCCCAAUCCAUCUGCGACCGCGUGCCAAUCUGUCCCCAGACAGAUACAAGGUCGCUGAACACAUUGCAAGCACUUUGAGGGAGGAUCGAACCUACGUGGAUCGUUUAAGAUCAAGAGAAGAAUCCGAAGACGAGGAGACCGAGGAGGGGUCGCAUGAGACAGCACGGCGACGCUCAGAUGCGCGCGCGGCUCGCAAUGCUCCUCACCCCAAUGAUCUGAGCGUUCAAGAACUGAAGAGACCACUCGCCAAGAAAACCAAAGAGAAGCACUCCGCCACCAACUUCCAACUCACAAUCAAGCCCGAAACCGAUGCACGAGGUAGUACGAGGUGGUAUAUCAUAGCAGAAGGUAGCGACAUCGCGACAGAAAAAUUCCAGAUGCCCAGAGCCGACAUCGCUACAAAAAGAUUCCAGAUACCCAGAGCCGACGUCGCCAUCGAAAGUCUACCGUUUCCUAUCUGGCUAGAAGAAUUCUGUGAGUUGAGUCGCUUUGAGCGACGGAAAACGUAUAACAACCUCUUUGAGAACUUCGUCAAUAAGAAGAAGCAAAACAGAAGAGCGUAA